AAGCAAAUCCAUUCUUGUACUGCUUCCCUGAAAAGCUUUUCAGUAAAUGCACUCAUGCUACUACAGGAGCUUCUCUCAGCAAUAAGCCACCCAUCUGCCAUCAACAAGUUAGGACUAAAGGAAGCCACAGCUGUGGAAAAAGAAAACGUGAGCUUCAAUUAACCAGCUGAGCAGCCACAGAGGAUGAAAACUUCUAUUAAGCAUUGAUUUAAAAAUUGCAGACCUGUCAGAGGAGAUCAAGCCCGUGAUUUCAAAAGGAAUAUUCCAAGAGAGCAUCGUGGAUUCAAUUUUGCACUGAUAUCAAAGGACACUAAGCUCAGUAAAUUAUUCAAAGGCUAUCUUACAUUAGAGCCUUUUACAGACUCACGGCGUUGAGUCUAAAACUACGACUGAAUGCAACCUCCAAUGUGCUCAAAAGAAUGGGCUUACAUUUCAAGUGGCCAUUAGGGGCUCGUAUGCUGGCAGCACUAUAUGCAAUGAGUAUGGUUUUAAAAAUGCUGCCUGCCUUGGGCAUGGCUUGUCCACCAAAAUGUCGCUGUGAGAAGCUGCUCUUUUACUGUGACUCUCAGGGGUUUCACUCAGUGCCAAACACCACUGAAAAGGGCUCGCUAGGUUUGUCACUGAGGCACAAUUAUAUUUCUGAACUUGAAAGGGAUCAAUUUGCAAGCUUCAGUCAACUUACUUGGCUUCACUUAGAUCAUAAUCAAAUUGCAACAGUCAGAGAAGAAUCUUUUCAAGGACUGUAUAAACUUAAGGAAUUAGUCUUAAGUUCCAACAAAAUCUUUCAUUUGCCAAACACAACUUUUAGCCAGCUGCUUAACCUGCAGAAUUUGGACCUCUCUUUUAAUCAGUUAUCCUCUCUGCACCCCGAGCUCUUCUACGGUCUUCGCAAGCUACAGACCUUGCACUUACGUUCCAACUCCCUGCGGACCAUCCCGGUCCGCCUGUUCUGGGACUGUCGUAGCCUGGAGUUCCUGGAUUUGAGCACAAACCGCUUGCGAAGUUUGGCUCGCAACGGAUUUGCGGGAUUAAUCAAGCUGAGGGAACUUCACCUAGAGCACAACCAGCUGACAAAGAUUAAUUUUGCUCACUUCCUCCGGCUGAGCAGCCUCCAAACGCUCUUCUUGCAGUGGAACAAAAUUAGCAACUUGACAUGUGGGAUGGAGUGGACCUGGGGCACCUUAGAAAAGCUCGAUUUGACUGGAAAUGAGAUCAAAGCCAUCGACCUAACAGUCUUUGAAACUAUGCCUAACCUUAAAACCCUCCUAAUGGAUAACAACAAGCUGACCACUCUGGAUUCCAAGAUCCUAAGUUCGCUGACAUCCCUCACCACCGUGGGCCUCUCCGGCAAUCUGUGGGAAUGCAGCCCAAAGAUCUGCGCCUUGGCCACAUGGUUGAGUGGCUUCCAAGGUCGGUGGGAGCACUCCAUCCUCUGCCACAGUCCCGACCACACCCAGGGAGAGGAUAUUCUGGAUGCAGUGUAUGGUUUUCAGCUUUGCUGGAAUUUAUCAACUGUUGUUACGCCCGUGGCUACAACGUUCCCAGCUCCGACCACCGAGUACACAAAAAGAACAAGCUCUUCUCAUUUCCAUAUGGGAGACAAAGAGAUUCCAACUACAGCAGGCAUGGUCGUUACCACCGAAGAACCUUUCCCUGAGCCAAACAAUGCCAUCUUCACUCAGAGGGUAAUUACAGGAACAAUGGCUUUAUUGUUUUCUUUCUUUUUUAUCAUUUUUAUAGUGUUCAUCUCCAGGAAGUGCUGCCCUCCCACACUAAGAAGAAUUAGGCAGUGCUCAAUGAUUCAAAACCACAGGCAGCUGCGAUCCCAAACAAGGCUGCAUAUGGCAAAUAUGUCAGACCAAGGACCCUAUAAUGAAUAUGAACCCACCCAUGAAGGACCCUUCAUCAUCAUUAAUGGCUACGGACAGUGCAAGUGCCAGCAGCUGCCCUAUAAAGAAUGUGAAGUAUAAUACCUACAUGUCAUCCCAAAUUAAAUCAGAUAAGUAACCUAUUUUAAAAUUGUAGGGGACCUACACCAGAUUCUAAUUUUUACAAAUGUUGACAUAAAGCCUAAUUUUCCAAGCUACUUAAUGGAAACAUUGUUUAUGGAGUGGUGCAGUAUUUUUAAGUUUUUUUAAAAAAAUGAAUCCAUAAUAUUUUCAGUGUUAAAGAAGCAAUGAUGACGUUAAACUUGCACUCCUAAUGUUUAAAAGUCUAAAAAACGCUCACCUCAAACUAUGUAAAAUGUUUCAUGUUAUGUAAUUAUAUGACUGUGUGUAAACAUUUAUAUCCAAGUCUCCACAUCCUACUUUUUCUAAGGAAAACAGUCCAAGGGGAAGGAUAGUGGAUAUCUGUACAGAGAUCUGCAGGGGGGACAUACACUCCGUUUGUUCCACUCCAGCUGUAGGAUCCCAAACACUCCAGGUGGCUCCGUUCGCUCUAAAGGCAGCCGUGGAGGAAGAUCUUCCUCCUCUCAUAAUUUCAGUCCAGUAAAAAAGGGGAGGGGAAACAAAACAAAAAGAAAAAGCAAUGAAGGUCCAGGUGGGGAUUUAAGUGCACUGGGGGCCAGUGAAUCUCUCUUAAAUACAGGUUUCCCAUCUGCAUUCAUAGUCUGGCUUGUUUAAACGGAGCUUUGCAAAAGCUCAGGACAGAGAAAGGAGCAGUUCACACCGUCACAAAUUAGCAGGACGGUCACUAAUUAGCAGGACGACUCUCCAGGCACUUACAAAGCAGGCAGCACAGCUUCGUUAGGAAGGCUCAGUAUGACAGGAUCGAUUCUAAAUAUGAAGUACAUUCAAUCCUUAUCAGCUCUCUGGUUUGACUUGAUGCUUUUCACCAAUUCAGGCUAAUUACUCACCACUAUGAAUAAACGACGUGUCAACGUCUUUUCAUGUGUAAAUACCCUUAAUGCAAGUUUUUCGUAAUUAAAAGUAAAUAUCAACUGCGAGGUUAAGGAGAAGAGGGAGGGAAGGAAGAAGCCUCCCUUUGUCCCCCCGCUGCCCCCCCCAGCUUCCUCUUGCCUGGAAGCUAUUUUCAUGCUCUAACUCCACUGGUUUCUCUGGAGACAGAAUUAGUCCCUGUAAUAGAAAUGCUCACUUGUCCUCCUGUUUCAAAAUUAAAGGUAAUUACCAGUUAAAAAAAUAAAUA